AUGGGCACCGACCGCGGCGGCGCCUCCGGCGGCUCCUCGACGGUGACCUUCGACGUGCGCGGCAAGGACUUCAACGUGGCGCUGGACACGCUCGACAAGUACCCCGACUCGUACCUGGCCUGGCUGGUGCGCAACGCGCCGGACCAGGUGAGGGCUGGCCGGCCGAUCGCCAUCAACCGGAAGCCGGAGUCCUUCAAGAACCUGCUGGAGAACUACAGGAGGACAUCCCGCCGCAGCGACGUCUCGUCGCUGCGCGACGCAUUCCACCGCGCCUCCCUGCGGUCCACCCGGGACCGCAGCCCUGCGCCGGUCCCCGACGACGACCAGCCCCCCUCCACAUCCUCCCGCGCCCCCGGCAGCCACCGCAGCCACAAUCAGCAUCAGCAUCAGCAGCAUCCCCCGCCACCCCCUCGACCACCAUCCUCCCUGUACGCAUCCGCCGCGGAGGACAGCAUCUCAUCUGCGCUCGCCGCCAGCAGGCGCGGCCAGCCGCCCGGGAAUGCGGGCGAGGCGGCGGGAUUGCCCACGGCCGAUCGGCCACGGCGCACUGGGUCCACGGGCACGCUGGGCGGCGCCGGCGGGCAGCGCGGCACAGAGGAGGUGGUGGACGAGGCGGUGCGGGACAUCGCGGCGACGCUGAAGAAGUGUGCGCACAAGGUGCAGAUGUACGACAAAGCACUGUUCGUGCUCAUCUGGGGUCGCAAGAGCGAGGGUGGCCGUUCCCUGAGGCCCCAGCUGUCCAAGCUGUACGACAGCAUGACCGGCAAGGCGCAUGACGUGCGACGCAGCUCCGAUGGCGGCGAUUCUUUCGAGCAGCAGGGCGGCUGGGGCGAGUUCGACUCUGUGUAUUCUGCCACCUGCCUGAGCGCGCGUGUGCAGAGCAUGGUAGUGGAUCGCCUGCGGCGUGCUGGCUAUGGCGCGAGCUUUGCAGAGGUGUGCUUGGACAGGGCUGGGCACGUGAACUGGCGAGGGAGCCGCCGGGGGUCCCAACCUGCACUGGAGAGCUCCACUGUCCGCUGCCUGGUGGCCAACCUGAAAUGA